ACUAUCCGGCAAAUUAUUGUUUGCUACUUUUUGGCAGGAUUGGGACUCCCCUCGGGCAAGCGAAGCAUAGCACCUGUCCGCCGGCAGAGCGAGAGAACGUAAACGGUACCUGGGACAGACCCCCGCACGCAGAAAACCCCCCUUGAACGAUGGGCCCCAGCCGAAUCAGCAGCUCCACGGUGGCUCGGCAGCAGCGGCAGUUCCAUGCCAUUUGUUUAUGUCUGCUUGUUGUUGGCAGCUGCUACGUGUCGCAGUCUCAGGCAGAUGAGCACAAUCACAAGUACAACGAUCGGGACGAGGUGGUGCUAUGGAUGAACACGGUGGGUCCUUAUCACAAUCGCCAGGAGACCUACGCCUACUUCUCCCUGCCCUUCUGCAGUGGCCAAAAGUCCUCCAUCUCGCAUUAUCAUGAGACUCUAAGCGAGGCCCUUCAAGGAGUGGAACUGGAGUUCAGUGGCUACGAGAUGGGAUUCAAGACCGAUGUCUCUCGAAGUAUUAUCUGCAUGGUGUCCCUGACGGAAGAGAGCACUAAGGCCUUUACCUAUGCGGUGAAGAACGAGUACUGGUACCAGAUGUACAUCGAUGGUCUGCCCAUUUGGGGAAAAGUGGGUGAACGGGACGAGCGGGAUGGCAAGUUCUAUAUAUUUACGCACAAGAAGUUCGAUAUCGGCUACAAUGGCCAGCAGAUUGUCGACAUCACUCUGACCACGGAAGCCAAGGAGGAGCUCAAGGCCGGAGCGCAUAUUAAUUUCUCCUACGAAGUCAAUUGGAAGCCCAGCACGGUGGAAUUCAAGAACCGAUUCGACAAGUACCUAGACCCCAACUUUUUCCAGCACAGGAUCCACUGGUUCAGCAUCUUCAACAGCUUCAUGAUGGUAAUCUUCCUGGUGGGCCUUGUGUCCAUGAUCCUUAUGCGUACCCUGCGCAAGGAUUACGCCCGGUACAGCAAGGACGAGGAGGUGGAUGAUAUGGAACGCGAUCUGGGUGAUGAGUAUGGUUGGAAACAGGUCCAUGGCGACGUUUUCCGAUCGCCCCCAAACACUCUGCUCUUUUCGGCUUUGGUCGGAGCAGGUUAUCAACUAAUAUCUGUAGUCUUUUGCGUCAUCAUGUUCGCCAUAGUGGGAGAGCUGUACACGGAACGCGGUUCCAUGCUAUCCACGGCGAUCUUUGUUUAUGCAGCCACCUCGCCGAUUAAUGGCUACUUUGGAGGAUCAUUGUAUGCCCGACUAGGCGGACGUUUGUGGAUCCGUCAGAUGCUGGUCUCCGCUUUCACGGUACCCGUUGCUGUCUGUGGUACGGCGUUCCUGAUCAACUUUAUCGCCAUUGGAUACCAUGCCUCCAGAGCGAUUCCCUUCGGCACCAUGGUGGCGGUUACGUGCAUCUGCUUGUUCGUGAUUCUGCCCCUUACCCUGGUGGGCACUGUUGUGGGCCGCAAUCUCGAUGGCCAGCCGGACUUCCCGUGUCGCGUAAAUGCAGUGCCGCGUCCUAUUCCCGAGAAGAAGUGGUACAUGGAGCCGUUGAUUAUCGUGCUACUUGGUGGCGUUCUACCAUUUGGUUCAAUUUUCAUUGAGAUGUACUUUAUUUUCACCUCCUUCUGGGCAUACAAGAUCUACUAUGUCUACGGAUUCAUGUUGCUGGUGUUCACCAUUCUGACAGUGGUCACCGUCUGUGUGACCAUUGUGUGCACUUACUUCCUGCUGAACGCCGAGGACUACCGAUGGCAGUGGACGAGUUUCAUGGCGGCGGGUUCCACCUCUAUUUACGUUUAUGCCUACUCGUUCUACUACUUUUUCUUUAAGACCAAAAUGUUUGGUCUCUUCCAAACGGCGUUCUACUUUGGCUACAUGGCUCUAUUCAGCGGCGCCUUGGGUAUCAUCUGCGGCACCGUCGGCUAUGUGGGCACGAAUCUCUUCGUGCGCAAAAUCUAUUCCAAUGUGAAAAUAGACUAAGAGUCCUGUGACUUGAUGCACCCCGCUCCCUGUCCCAGAUCUGUAUAUCAUCCAAAACGAUUUACACUUGUAUUUAUUGAGUAGCGAUUUA